UAUUUACAAUCUCUGACUGAGCCAAUCAGAGAGCAGCACCUCAUACUGCUUCGCGUGUCUGCCGCCGCUGCUCCUUCUUCUUCUUCUUCCUCUUCUUCUCUGUGGUGGGACAAUGCACGGCAAAGGACACCCCUGCUGCUCCUUCGAGGACUAUAACCUGACCACUGAAUGGCUCCUGAAGCAGACCAAUCACCGCCCAAAGGUUGCCGUGAUCUGUGGUUCAGGACUCGGUCUGCUGGCUGACGUUGCUACGGACAAGCAGAUCUUCAGGUACCAGGACAUCCCCAACUUCCCCGUCAGCACAGUCGCAGGUCAUGAGGGAUGUUUGGUGUUCGGGAUGAUCGAGGACACUCCCUGCGUCUUCAUGCAGGGUCACUUCCACCUGUAUGAAGGCUACUCUCUCUGCCAGGUGACGUUCCCUGUGCGGAUCUUUAAGCUGAUGGGAGUGGAGACCGUCCUGGUGACCAACGCCUCCGGAGGAAUCUGCCCUGACUUUAAAGUUGGUGACAUCAUGAUCAUCAAAGAUCACAUCAACCUGCCGGGGUUCGCUGGACAACACCCACUGUGUGGACCCAACGACGAGCGGUUUGGGAUCAGGUUCCUGUGCAUGUCUGACGCCUACAGUAAGGACCUGAGGCGUCUCACUCUGGACGUGGUCUCUGAGCUGGGCUCUCUUUCUUUCCUCCCUCCCUCCUUCUUCCCUCCUUUCCUUCCUUCUUCCUUCCCUCCUUCUCUCUUUCUUUCCUCCCUCCUUUCUUCCUUCCUUCCCUCCUUCUCUUUCUUUCCUCCUUCCUCCCUCCCUCCUUUCCUUCCUCCCUCCCUCCUUUCCUUCCUUCUUUUCUCCCUCCUUUCCUUCCUUCUUCCUUCCCUCCUUCCCUCCUUUCCUUCCUUCUUUUCUCCCUCCUUUCCUUCCUUCUUCCUUCCCUCCUUCUCUCUUUCUUUCCUCCCUCCUUCCUUCCCUCCUUCCCUUCCUUCCUCCUUCCUCCCUUCCUCCUUCCUCCCCCUUUCCUUCCUUCUUCCUUCCCUCCUUCCUCCCUCCUUUCUUCUUUCCUUCCUCCUUUCCUUCCUUCCCUCCUUUUCUCUUUCUGUCCUCCCUCCUUUCUUCUUUCCUUCCCCCUUUCCUCCCUCCUUCCCUCCCCUCCUUUCUCCCUCCUUUCCUUCCUUGACUCAAGGACAACAGGAGGGUUAAUUAAAUGAGGCACGUUACAAACUGAAGCUAAUCCACUCAGUGAACCUGUUCUCAUCCAACUUUGCUCUCAGCCACAAAAGAAGGGAGGGG